AUGUGGCUGCUGCAGUCCAUCUUGCUCUGUUUUCCAUUGUCUCUUGCUUUGAGUGGCCACCAGAAGACCAAGGAACCAGAUUAUCCUGGUGAACUCCACUGCGGGCUAUGGAGUCUUCAGUUCACCAUAAACCUGAGCCAGGGGACAGCAGCUCCUACACUAAUAGCUUGGGACAACCUUGGGCAGCCACACAGGCUGCAGAAUGACUCUGGCUGUGGUACCUGGCUAAGGGAGGGCCCAGGCAGCUCCCUGGUGUUAGAAGCCUCUUACAGCGGCUGCUACGUCACUGAGUGGGUGAGGACGACCCAGUCACCAGGAAUGCUGAGACCCUCUGCACCACCAUCAGAGGAGACUCCCCAGGACCCCCACUAUAUCAUGCUACUUGGAGUUGAAGGAGUAGAUGUGUCUGGACGCAGCAUAGUUACAAAGACAAAGCUGCUCAAGUGUCCUGUGGAUUCCCCAGACCCAACUUUGUUAUCUAGCUCCCCUCUUCAAAAUGUAGCCCUAGAUGCUGCAAACGCUGACCUGUGUGACUCUGUCCCAGUGUGGGACAGGCUGCCAUGUGCUCCUUCACCUAUCACUCAAGGAGACUGUGAAAAGGUUGGUUGCUGCUACAAUUUGGAGGCGAAUUCCUGUUACUAUGGAAACACAGUGACCUCACACUGUACCCAAGAUGGCCACUUCUCCAUCGCUGUGUCUCGGAAGGUGACCUCACCCCCGCUGCUCUUAAAUUCUGUGCGCUUGGCCUUCAGAAAUGACCAUGAAUGUACUCCUGUGAUGGCAACACGUACCUUUGCCCUUUUCUGGUUUCCAUUUAAUUCCUGUGGGACCACGAGACGGAUCAUUGGAGACCAGGCAGUAUAUGAAAAUGAGCUGGUCGCAGCUCAAGAUGUGAGAACUUGGAGCCAUGGUUCUAUCACCCGUGACAGUAUUUUCAGGCUUCGAGUUAGCUGCAGCUACUCAAUCAGUAGCAAUGCCUUCCCGGUUAAUGUCCAGGUUUUUACGCUCCCACCACCCCAUCCUGAGACCCAGCCUGGACCCCUUACUCUGGAACUCAAGAUUGCCAAAGAUAAGCACUAUGGCUCCUACUACACUGCCGGUGACUACCCAGUGGUGAAGCUACUUCGGGAUCCCAUUUACGUGGAGGUCUCUCUCCGCCACAGAACAGACCCCUACCUGGGGCUGCUCCUCCAUUACUGUUGGGCCACACCCAGCACAAACCCUCAGCAUCAGCUUCAGUGGCCCAUGCUGGUGAAAGGAUGCCCCUACACUGGAGACGACUAUCAGACGCAGCUGAUCCCUGUCCAGAAAGCCCUGGAUCCUCCAUUUCCAUCUUACUAUCAGCGCUUCAGCAUCUUCACCUUCAGCUUUGUGGAUUCGGUGACAAAGAGGGCACUUGGGGGACCGGUGUAUCUACACUGUAGUGCAUCCGUCUGCCAGCCUGCUGGGACACCAUCCUGUAUGAUAACCUGUCCUGUUGCCAGGCGAAGAAGAAACUCUAACAUCCAUUUUUACAACCAUACUGCUAACAUUUCUAGCAAGGGCCCCAUGAUUCUACUCCAAGCCACUAAGGACUCCUCAGAAAACCUCCAUAAAAACUCAGGUUCUCCUGUAGACUCCCAAGCUCUGUGGAUGGCAGGCCUUUCCGGGACCUUAAUCAUUGGAGCCUUGUUAGUGUCCUACUUGGCUAUCAGGAAAUGGAGAUGA